AGCGUCAUCAUACCCAGCCGGCUCCUCCCAGCACCGAGGCCGGACGGCUGUUGCUAGGCGCUCUACUCUAUACAUACAUCACCACAAUACACUGCUCUACUCUAUAUAUAUACACCACCACAAUACGCUGCUCUACUCUAUACAUACAACACAGCAAUACGCUUAUUAUUCAUUUACGUGAAGUGGUAAACUUUGAGAGAGGAGGUCAUGGCUGGUGUGAGAUAUUUAGCCCGACAUGUCGGUGUCUGCAGAUAUGGUAUUCAUGCUCUUCUGAAGGCACCAAUUAAUAAGGCCCCAGCAUGGGGCAUCGUGCCACAGGUUAGGCUCAUGAGUGGACUUAGUGCACAGUUUGAGGAAGCCAAAGCCCGGCUUGGUUCAUUAAAGGAAGAUCCUGGUAAUGAUGCAAAAUUGAAGAUAUACGCACUGUUCAAGCAGUCCACAUCUGGUGCUGUGACAAGCAAGCGUCCAGGGAUGAUGGAGUUUGUAGCGCGUGCUAAGUGGGAUGCUUGGAAUGCACUUGGCACUAUAAGUAAAGAGGAUGCUCAGAAAGCCUACAUUGAACUAGUCAAUUCACUUGUGAAAGAAGAGGAAGAGACUACAGCAUCACAGGUAGACUCUGGUCAAAAAUAUAAAACACUCCUGGUAUCUUGUGAUAAUCGUCUUCGUACAAUAACCCUUAAUCGCCCAUCCAAGAAAAAUGCACUCACUCCAGAAAUGUAUGAAGAGUGGAUGGCUGCUCUGAAAGAAGCCGCAGAAGAUCCCAACACUACGAUUACAGCAAUCACAGGGUCUGGGGACUACUAUUGCUCAGGGAAUGAUCUUUCCAAUUUUGCCAAUGUUGAUCCUAGCAAUAUGCACAAUGCUUCCAAGGAAGGUGGAGUUCUGCUGGAGCGGUUUGUGUCUGCUUUUAUUGAUUUCCCAAAGCCCCUAAUAGCUGUUGUUAAUGGUCCCGCAAUUGGAGUCUCUGUCACGAUCAUGGCGCUGUUUGAUGCUGUUUAUGCUUCAGACAAGGCAACUUUCAACACUCCAUUCAGUGCACUUGGGCAGUCUCCUGAAGGCUGCUCUUCAUACUUGUUCCCAAAGAUUAUGGGUCCAGGGAAAGCUGCAGAGAUGCUCCUCUUCAACAAGAAGAUCACAGCACAGGAGGCCUAUAACAUUGGUUUAGUGACCGAUGUGUUUCCCGAGGACAGUUUCCAGAAUGAAGUUUGGCCCAAACUACAAGCCUAUGCUAAGCUUCCUAUAAAGUCCCUUGUCUACUCUAAAGCCCUGACACGAGAUUUGGAGAAGGAUACUCUUCAUAAGGUGAAUGCAGCUGAAUGCGAACGUCUGGUUGAGCGGUGGGUGUCUGACGACUGCCUCGACGCUAUUAUGAGGUUCUUUAACCGCAAGUCAUAGAAAACUUGUAAAAAUGUAUGCAUAUUUAAAUGUUUUAAAAUGGUAACAAAAAAUAAAAUUCACACUAUAAUAUUUGAGGUGUCCAAAACAAAUUUAUAUAAAUUUCAUACCUGAAGCAUCUUUAUUGCUCUUCAUGCUACAGGUAGAUGUUUACUUUCUGUAAUACUGUAUUAUCAUUUAAUGUCAUUAUACUAUGGAUAUGGAAAUGUUUAUACAGAAGUAUAAAGUGUAUUACUAUAUACUAAUUCUGAUGGUUGGCAUCUUAAGUAUAAAUAAAAUAUUAUAUGUUGAAUUGCAGAACAUAAUUACCCAUUCUGAUAAACAAUUUAAACCGAUGACUGGAGUUUACUGAAAAUAAAUUAACAUUCAUAAUUAAUUUUUGUAGAUUAAAAUUAUGCAAUGUAUUUCUUUUAAAGAUAGUGAAAUGAUUUAAUUACUUAUGGAAGGAAGUUCGACUUUAUAUUGUAAUAUUUUGGUAAAAUUUUGGACACCUUAUAAAAGGCUCAUAAUUUUUGUAUAGAAAAUAAAGUGAAAAACAUUGUGAACAAAUUAUGAAAAUUUAUUACAGUAUACAGCAAUUUUAGCAUUUGUUUUUUUUUAACUUGCUUAUUCAUAAGUAAUUGAAAUUCAUUAAUUGUUCAAUUUUAUUUUUGUAAGAUAAAAUCAUAAUUAGGAAAAAAUACAUAGAAUGUGUAGUGUAUUUCUACUUAUGAAGCACAAUACUGUGUAAAGUUUUUUUUAGUGAAGCAAUUGCAAUAUUUUCUUAUUGAUAAUACAUCUCGAUUUGUAUUGAGAAUGAAAAAGAACUAAGAGCACAUAACAAUGCAAAUAGUUAUAAUAUUUCAUAGUAUUUAGAAUAAAUGUAUAUUUUUAAAAGCAUUCAUUUGCUAAUCUUUCAGAGGUAAGUUUUUUAAGUGGUAUAGUGUUAUAUAUGAUCUAAUAGUUAAACUGUAAAAUGCUGUUGUAGAAUUCUAUUGCAUAUUUAAAGUACUGUACAAUGGCUGUGACGAGGGUUGCACCCUCGUCACGGCCCUUGUGGAUUUGUUCAUUUGAUGCAUCAUGCUAUUGUGAUUUCUGUGUGUACAAGAAAUGCAUUGCUGACAGGUUUCUUCUGCAUGCAAGCUUAUCUUUUAAGUGAAGCAUUUAAUAAACAAAAUUUUGGAACUGG